UUGCGAGUCAGGCAAGUUACGCAAGAGAGUGCCCAUUCAUUCGGAAAGCUGUCUCCCCUCUAUUGAGAAGAGCAACAAAAUGGCCCCGGUUUCCAUCAGACGGAUUUUGAUCAGUGAAAGUGUCGAUCCCUGCUGCAAGAAGAUUCUGCAAGAAAAUGGCAUUCAGGUCACGGAAAGGCAAAACAUGAGCAAGGAUGAGCUCGUCGCUGAAAUUAAGGACUAUGACGGUCUUGUUGUUCGAUCUGCUACAAAAGUAACAGCCGAAAUCAUCAAUGCGGCUGACAGCCUCAAGAUAAUCGGUAGAGCUGGGACCGGCGUUGACAACGUGGACGUGAAUGCAGCCACAAAGAAUGGCAUUAUCGUCAUGAACACUCCAAGUGGCAACACUAUCAGUGCUGCGGAGCUGACAUGUGCCCUAAUAAUGAGUCUCUCCAGGCACGUGCCACAGGCGGCCAUGUCCAUGAAGGCGGGGAACUGGGAUCGUAAAAAGUUCAUGGGCGCGGAGCUGUACGGCAAAAUUCUUGGAAUAGUUGGGCUCGGACGGAUCGGGAAGGAAGUGGCCACCAGGAUGCAGUCGUUUGGAAUGAAGACCAUUGGCUACGAUCCCAUCACCCCCCCUGAAGUCUCCGCCUCCUGGGGGGUGGAGCAGAUGUCUCUGGAGGAGCUGUGGCCUCAGUGUGAUUACAUCACUGUGCACACCCCCCUAAUGCCCUCCACAACAGGGCUGCUGAACGAUGCCUCUUUUGCCAAGUGCAAGAGGGGAGUGAAGGUGGUGAACUGCGCCCGCGGGGGCAUCAUCGACGAGGCCGCGCUGCUCAGGGCGCUGGAGUCUGGCCAGUGCGGAGGCGCCGGUCUCGACGUGUUUGUUGAGGAGCCGCCUAAGGACCGCGCCUUGGUGAACCACCCCUGCGUGAUCAGCUGCCCCCACCUGGGGGCCAGCACCCGGGAGGCACAGGCGCGCUGCGGACAGGACAUCGCCCUGCAGAUCGUCGACAUGCUGAAGGGCAAGGCCCUGGUGGGGGCGGUGAACGCCCAGGUGCUGGCCAGUACAUUCUCCCCCGAGUCCCACCAGUGGAUCAAGCUGGGAGAGGCCCUGGGCUCGGUGCUGAGGUCAUGCACCACUUCAAAACAACCCUAUGGUCAAGUGCAGGUCACAACCCUCGGAGAAUCCCUGAAGAAUUCCUCUGGAUUCCUGGGCUCAGCUGUUGUGGUGGGAUUGCUGAAGGAUGGCUCCAGGAGCAGCCCUAACCUGGUCAACGCCCUCACUCUGGCUCAGGAGACUGGAAUCACGGUCACCAGAAACCAUGGCGACGGAGGCCAAGGGCAGGCCCGGGGAUCGUGCGUGGUGGAGGUCUCCACCAACGGGUCCAGCUGGAAGGCUAUUGGCUCGGUCCAGGGGGACGUCCCCGUCCUUCUGGAGCUGAAUGGCAACGUCUUCCGACAGCCUGUCCCUCUUCUCGGGAACCUGCUGUUCUUCAAGGCCGCUGCCAACCCCCAGCUCCUGCCCGACGUCACUGGUGUGCUGGCGGCCGCGGGCGUGGCGGUAGAGUCGUUCAGCGCCUCGGCGGCCCGCGGAGGGGACCAGUGGUGCUGCGUGGGGCUCUCCUCGCCCCUGAGGGACCUGGGCACCCUGAAGCCGCUGGUGAAAGAAGCCGUGCAGCUCUCCCUGUAGACACCUCUGAGGGAUUUCACUGCAGACCUGAGGGACCUGCCCUCGUAUGCCUUAAACCCCACCUUUAAACGUGGCAUUCAGCGUUUGGA